GGCGGCCGGAGCGCCCCGCACAGCCAUGGGCGAUGGGUGGCUGCCUCCGGACUGCGGCCCCCAGAACCGCUCCGUGGCCGGGGUGACUGCCGUGCCGCCCGGGAGCAGACAGCUGCCCGCCGCCGAGCUGCUGUCGCAGCAGUGGGCUGUGGGCAUGAGCCUGCUGAUGGCCCUGGUGGUGCUGCUCAUCGUGGCCGGGAACGUGCUGGUGAUCGCGGCCAUCGGGAGGACGCAGCGGCUGCAGACCCUCACCAACCUGUUCAUCACCUCUCUGGCCUGCGCCGACCUGGUGAUGGGGCUGCUGGUGGUGCCCUUCGGGGCCACGCUGGUGGUGCGGGGCACCUGGCUCUGGGGAUCCUUCCUCUGCGAGUGCUGGACCUCGCUGGACGUGCUCUGCGUGACGGCCAGCAUCGAGACCCUGUGCGUCAUCGCCAUCGACCGCUACCUGGCCAUCACCUCGCCUUUCCGCUACCAGAGCCUCAUGACCAAGGGUCGGGCCAAGGGCAUCAUCUGCACCGUCUGGGCCAUCUCUGCCCUGGUCUCCUUCUUGCCCAUCAUGAUGCACUGGUGGCGGGAUGACGACCCCCAGGCACUGGAGUGCUACCAGGAUCCGGGCUGCUGCGACUUCGUCACCAACAGGGCUUACGCCAUCGCCUCGUCCAUCAUUUCUUUCUACAUCCCCCUUCUCAUCAUGAUCUUUGUGUAUCUGCGGGUGUACAGAGAGGCCAAGGAGCAGAUGAGGAAGAUCGAUAGGUGCGAGGGCCGAUUCUACGGCAGCCAGGAGCAGCCGCAGACGCCCCUGCCCGCUCACCCUCACCACCAGCCCAUCCUCGGCAACGGCCGAGCCAGCAAGCGAAAGAGCUCCCGCAUCAUGGCCAUGAGGGAGCAGAAAGCCCUCAAGACUUUGGGCAUCAUCAUGGGGGUGUUCACCCUCUGCUGGCUCCCCUUCUUCCUGGUGAACAUCGUCAACGUCUUCAACAGGGACUUGGUGCCGGACUGGCUCUUCGUUUUCUUCAACUGGCUGGGCUACGCCAACUCCGCGUUCAACCCCAUCAUCUACUGCCGCAGCCCCGACUUUCGUAAGGCCUUCAAGAGGCUGCUGUGCUGCCGCCGGAAAGCCGACCGGUGGCUGCACGGCGGCGGCGGGGAGCUGGCCCGGCUGCCCGGGGGCUUCAUCAGCACCGUGGGCUCCCCCGAGCGCAGCCUGGCCGGGACCUGGUCCGACUGCAACGGGGGCACGCGGGGCGGCAGCGAGUCCAGCCUGGAGGAGAGACAUAGCAAAGCCUCCGACUCGGAGUCCAAGGAGUACAUGGCUGGGAGUCAGGAGACCAGAAUAUUUAAGAUUACAGAGGACGCUUAUUUUGAAAGCUUAAAUUGGUCUUGAGUAGAAAGAAAUCUCUGUAAGCAUUACAUGCCACCCCACAAGUAGGUCCACUUCAUGCUGACAGCAGGGCUGAUCCUGCCCUAGCAGGUGAUGAUAACUGAAUGUUACAUUUUUCAUUGCUGUAAGUAAGGAGUUGCAGUGAGCAGAAGUGCUGCAGCUUUGUCUUCCUUUAUUGCUUUAUGAAGGUGUGCUCUAUUCUUGUGGUUUCAUAAGGUUUUUCUUUACUGAAAUGAAUACAUGGCAGACAGAGAAGCAAAAGGACAGUGCAGAAUCAAAGUGAAGUAAUUUUUAGUUUUAUUAAACUCAGGAGAAUAGUUUAAUUAAAUAUCAGCUCCCAUUAACAGCACUUCCCAGAGCGAGUUCUUCAGGGUGGUGGCUCACGGUUUGUUUUGGAAACCAGUUGUUCAUUUUUCUUUGUUUUCAAAGUUAAGGAAUUUGUCCUUUGCAAUUUCUUAUGUUGCAUUUUCAGGGGGGGGAAAAAAGAAAGUUACUCUUCUUAUGCAAAUACAAAAUAAAGGGACUGGAGAAGUAAAAAAUACUUUUCUAUUGAUGUUACUGGAGUUUGAUGUGAGCUGCAGUUAAUGGUGUCUUCCUUGAUAACAAUAAAAUGGGGUCCUUAAAAUGCUGGGGUGACAUCAGAUCAGGAGCUAAGUGAGGUGGGCUCUGCCACUCUGCCACCAAAUGAUUUUAAAAAACCAAAAAUCUGGUUUUAUCUUUGAUUACAACAAACACAGCAGGACCAAAAGUGUGCACUGGAUGGUGAUGUCUGAUGCCAGCAACUGCAGCGAGAUGUUGGCUGUGCAUGUCUGGGAUGGGGAGACAGUGGUGCUUUCCUUGUGCAUGUUGGGGAUCACUGAGCCAGGACAGGGCCAGGUCUCUGCCUGCUGGGUAGAGCAGGACAGGAUCCCAGCAUCUGCCUGGGAAGUGAAGUGGCUGUCAAGCCCUCAUCCUCAGCAGGGUGCUGGAUCCUGAGGAAGCACAGUGCCUACUGCAUGGAGCAGGACAGCCUAAUGGACUUGGAUACUCUCAUAAAUCAGUUCACACACUCACUUCUAACUAUCCAAACACUCCUGUCCUUAGCCUUUAAAAAGUGGUGACAAUUUUGUCUCAACAGGGUCCAACUUAGGUGGGAAAUUUAUGGCCAGAACUUGCUCUGUUUGCCCCGUGGAAGAGCUGUGCUGGGUGAUGCAUCUCCUGGACAAGUGUAAUGGUGCUGAGGUAGGAUGGGUUUAGCCCACUGACCUCAGAAGGGCCAGCUGUGUCAGCAGAGCAGUCAGGGUUCAUCUGCUGUUGAAUUUUGCCAGUUGACAACCUGCUGAAAGAGUCUGGAGGCUGACACAUUGAGUCCCUUCGUAGACAGCUGAAGUAAUCCCACUGGCAGCCUGCACAGGGAUGCCAGUCCAUCUUGCAUGGCGUGGAAAAGGCAGUGGCACAGUAACAGUGAGGACAGAGCAGGACAUAUGGCACACACGUGUGCGAGGAAGGGGAGGCUGCUGGCGAGCAGUCUGCUGUGGAUCACACUCAGAACAGGCUGUUCUCCGCAGAGAAGGAUACUCUGAGAAGCGCUGUGGGGCAGCUGAAAUACUCCGGAGGCAAUGAGUCAAACACUCGGGAUGAAUGUAUUUUUUUCUGACGAAAACCAGACAUGGAUUAGCAGUUGGAGCUGCAAGUCAGAAAGAAAAGGUGAUAGGCAUGCGGCUGCACACGUACGUGGGCAGGAAAGCAACAGCAAAGAGCUGCAGGCCUGCAGGAGAGGGAGACACAGGUAAACCAGAAAUCCGCUCUGAGAAAAUGUCCUGCAGCUGCCAGGACCAAAAUUAUUUGGCGAGGAUGCCUGGAGACUUCCACAUGGAAGACGCCUGAUUCUCCAAGGCGCCGGCUGCGCUCUGUGCAGUGUUUGCUCAGCACUUCUGGAAGGAAGGCUGCCUCUCUCCGUGUGUUUAAAUGGGAAUAGACCAGGUUGAAGGAGUGGAUUCCGUUUUCCAUGUGCUCAGGGAAGUUGAGGCUGUUUCAGACAAGCAGCAGGCUCUGCAGAAGGACUCCCCACCAGUGAGAGCUGCACAGAAGCCCUCCUGCAAAUCCUCUGCACUCUGAGACUGCAACCCUGAGCAUCCACUGUCUGUUCUCCAAGCAGCAUGGAACUAUGUGAAAAAAGAUGGCUUAGGGUCUGAGCUGUGCAUUUGACAGCAUCAGCUGGGUAUUUGCUGCAUGCACUGGUUCUUAUGCAGAUGCUGCUUUCCUUCUUGGGUAUCCACAUGUCCUCAAGUAUAAGAACAACUUCUUUAUCGACUUUUUUUUUUUUCCUAAACCCUAUCUGAGACUAAGGUUUUAUUAAUAACCUCUAAGUGGCUAUUUUGCAAACCUUCCUUGUGCUGCACACUUUCCUAAUUUAUUGUAAUUUCCCGUCUGGUGGAGUGUACUUACUUCCUUUAUGUAAUAUAUCAGCUGCAGGGCUGGAAAUUGGGCAGCUAUGAACUGAAAAGAGCAGACUUUCGUGAGGCCAAAUGCGGUCAGGCAUCAUUGCCACUGGGAGCAGAAUUUGACCUGAUAAUCUAAUCUCAUACGAGAGUCUAUCUCCAGAAAAGUAUUGUUACCAACAGCAGAUGACCUCUGCUAAUGAAGCUGGAGCAAUUAGUCCUAUUUAAAGCUGUCUAGAAAAUGUUAACUGCUAAAUAACAGUUAGUGCUGGAUAGUUCAAAUAAUGAGUGUUUUGUUUGCUGGUGUGUGUUAGGUGAUGUGUUGGGAAAUAAUUAUUCUUUGACUAGAAGCCAGCUUUGUACUAAUCAGAAAGGAGAAGUCAUGUUCUGUUUGAAGGAUUAUACCUAAAAAUAGUUCUGUUACCGCCACAUCAACAAGCAAGAUGAAGCAAACUCACGGCAAUGUACACACCUUCCUAACAUUUCACUUUUCAUCCUAAAAACUCAUUGUUCAGCUGGGACUUUCUGUUUGUGUCAAGAGCACCAAUGCAAUCUCCUGCAAUAGCUCUAAGCACACUCUCCCCAAGGAGCAUUAUCCUAUGCACCACUGACUCGCUUUCAGACCCUGCCAAAUUCCCAAACGCCCCAGGAGGAAGUAAGGAUUCUUUCUCUUUAUAUAAACAAUCACACAUAAUGUAAGAUCAACAAUAUUUGUGACAAUCAUGUUGCAGAAGAAAUCGAUCUGCUUUUUCUCUGAGACGUUUGUAUGCCUGCCCAUCCGCGAGGAGCAGCUGCCCAUGGAAACAGCAGGUGAUUUAUCCCCACAAUUCACUAACUCCAGCCUGUCAAACUCUGCUGGGAAAAGUGGCCAAGAUGGGAAAAGGAUAAAAAAAGGCGAUGCUGGUGAGCAAACACAGGAUUGUGAAUGCAAAAAGAAAAACUGGGGUGUCUUUGGCUGUAGGUGCUGCCUUUUACUGGUAACGAGUUGUUGGUUUGGAGAGGGAUACACCAGGCAGAGGCACUGUGGAAACACAAGUUAAGAGGUAUGAGGUCAGACAUUCCAUACAGGACCAUGCCACCAAAGGACUGGCAGCUGAAAUAUGCCCAAAACAUUCCUAGAAGUUUUUUUUUCCUAUUCAUUAAGGAUAACAGCAGCAGACUAAAGCACACCUGAGCAGCUUUCAGCUGAUGUAAAGCCACGCAGCUCCUUGGCCAGCCGUGGACGCACUGGACCCCCUCAGCAUCUCCCCCUUCUCUCCAAGUGGCUCCAGCUGAGUUUUGUUGGACCUGGAGCCAUCCCCCAGCCUGGAGCCAUCCCCCAGCCUGGAGCCACCCUCCUCUUCAGUGGUGCCAAACGGGAGGUGCCCCGUGGCCUUGGGGGUGGCAGUGCUGCAGGGUGUGCUGGGCAUGCUGGCACUGGCUGCCACCGUGCCCCUGCCCUGACUCAUCCUCUGUCCUGCCAAGCAGCCACAGAAUCGGGCCCACCGGGCUGGAAAUUGGAACAGAGUUUGGGUUUGUUAUGUAAACUGGUGAUCAGCUUCCUGGUUCACCAAAAGCAGCAGCUUGGUACUCACAUUUGCUUCACAAGCCAACUUUCUUUUCUUCCCUGCCCCACUUGGCUUCCAGGUUUUUCAUGGUAGUGUUUGCUUGCUUGGCCUUAGCACCCAGCAGCACAAGGUUUUUUUGUUUGUGCCCUGGCAGUUGUUCGAAUCAUGAACUGUACCAGGUUGUGGGCAGUUGUCUGGGUUUGGUUUUACCCAUUUGUUUCAGGAUUGAUGCUCAGAGUUAUGAAUACUGGCUGCACCAGAGUGCAAAAUUCCCCUACAAAUAGGAAAGGAGUCUUGACCUCCAGGUUUACAGCCUAAAGAAGAAAAUAGAAGCUUACCAUUUGCAGACUUUUGCCAUUGCCAUGAUUAGCAGAGCAUCUCUGAUGUAAUGGUGUACCCUUCCCAUCUGAUCCUGUGUAAUGCACCGAAUCCUGUUGUCCUUAAUGAGAUUAAAUGAGGAUUUUCUACUAGUUCAGUGCCUUAGCCAUUAGCAACUGUUGUGUGUCUCUAGGCAGUGAUGUAUCUUUGCAAGCCUGGCCCAGUGUCUCUCUCAAAGCUAAGGUAUUUGGCUUCUUCCUACGAAAUUUAUUUUCAUAAUUUGUCUUAAGCUCAUUGGCACAAUGCUUUGAAAGGCAGAUCUAAGUGUAUACACCAAAGAGGCAAACAGAGACACUAAAGAGCUCAGAAUCUCAGCAGCUGCUAGGUGUAUAAACAUUUCAGCUACCAACAAGCCAUUUUGCAGGGCCAGGUGAUUGCUGCAGCCCCCUCCAAAUCUGCAAGCUGGCUUCCCUCAGAGGGGGACCCUGCCACAGUAAGGAACAAUUGCAGAGACAGCACAAUAGCACAUCACAAAAGGUUUCUCCAGGUGGUAAAAUUUGAACAGUGCUUUGCUGGCAAAAUGUAGAGACCUCUUGUUAAGAAGAAGGAAUCAAGAAAAUCCCCUGGCGGGAUUCCUAGCGGGGAAGGGAGAGCAGCGCUCAGGGUUAAAGUUUCCAUGUGCAGAUGAGGAGCCCCGCAGUGACUGCUCCAGUGAGGGUCACGGAUACCGCUGCUCACCCUCUGCCACUCCACUCCCUUUCUGGUGAAUAAUGUGUGCCCCUCUCACCUGCCCGAGCGCCGGGAGGGACCCCAGAGGUGUCCAGAGACACAAAGGUGAGUGUCAGCCUGCGUGGCCACCCCGUCCCUCAUUGUGCAGCGGAGGGAGGAGCGCUUCCUCUUGGACUGGAGCAGGUAAACUGGGAGAUGUCCUCCAGAGCUCCCAUUGUUCCACAGCCCGCCUUCAGCCAGGGGUGGUUUGUUUUUCUGUUCUUCCCCUAAAUGCUCACUUGGGAGCCGUCAAAUAGAACCUCAAUUAGGAACCUCGCUUAGGACACGGAGGGCGGUGUGGGAUGUGUUCCCUGGCAGGCAGCGCUCCAUCCCCGCUGCGGGCACGGGAGGCAGCAAGGGCGGUGUGGGACCUGUUGCUCACACACAGCAUCGCUGGUACCCUGGCAGGUCCCUGGCAGAACAGCCGCACCGCCAGCGCAUCCGGGCUGGAUCCGGCACAGGAGCACCUGUAGGGAUCGCUCACAGAACAGCUUGUGUCAAACACUCGGGCUUUUUGGAGCUUUUAUCUAAUAUGGAGCACAAGGCAGCUGCUGCAGUAAUUGCCAGUGUCAACAGGUGUUGUAGCAGUUGUCUAAACCACCUUGAGAACUUCCACGGAAGAGGUUUUGUUCCUGUUUCAGUGCCCGGUAGUCCCCAGCUGUCUGGCAACGCUGUAGAUGCCUGUCUGUGGUUUUCAGCAUCAGCCCAUCCAAGCCAGGGCUGGUGCUUGCCCCCUCUCCUCCUCCCCCCAGCCCUCAAGACCCAUUGCAUGUCCUGAUUCCCAGCCUGGCUGUGCUGCCUGUGGUGCUGCAUGGGCAGUGGGCUGCUGUGGCUGAAACCCAGCCCUUUCAGACAAGGCUUGUUUCAGCUGAACCAGCGGGUUACACGAGCACGGGUAACAAUUGCCAUAGGAAGAUGCAGAGUGAUGGGUUAGGGAUCAUCUGUUCUGGUAGCAAGCCCUGGUUUAGAUCCAUCUCUGUGGUCACAAAUCUCGUGUCCAGUGGUGAUGCUGCAGAAGCUGAGACCCAGACCAGCCCUCUCUGGCCAUUGUUUUGCUUGGCUGUUGCUGAAAAAAGAGGACUCGCCACCCAAACCUUCCCUCCCUUUCAGAAGCUGCUCUGAAUAUUCUAUUCAGGGGUUUAGUGACUAAGCCAUUAAGCUUCUCACUGUAUGUGAAAAGUCAAAAUAAAUUUAGGUUUUUACAAA